GCAACCUCGGCUGAAUCCUUCCUCGGAAAUAACAUUUAAUAUGGACAUCUCCAUCUGAAUCCGAUAAGAAUAUAUUCCGAGGACAACAAGCAUAUCAGUAUCCCAGUCCGAUAAUCUUCACCCUCCUUAACCUCCAUACUGUAUUUCUCCAUUAGCAGACCAGCACAAAGUACCAAAAAGAAAAAUGGCCCCCAAAGAAAUCGAAGCCAAGAAACGCCGUACCCGAAGCGACUACGUCUUCCACCAAGUAUACCGAACAAGAUGGUUUGAUAACGAUAUGUACGCGCACCUCAAUAACACCGUCUACGCAAUGCUCUUCGACUCCAUUGUCAACAGCUGGUUAAUCGCCGAAUGUGGCAUGGACCCCUUCUCCAUCAACAAUAAGGGCUCGGAUUCGUCAGCAAAGACCAACUCAGCGUCUCAGGUGGGUAUCAUGGUCAACUCGUACUGCGAUUACUUUGCCUCGGUUGCUUUCCCCGAUGUGCUGGACCUCGGACUUCGGGUUGCGAAGCUCGGUACAUCGAGUGUUGUCUAUGAAGUUGGGGUGUUUAAGCAGGGGGAGGAGGAGGUGAAGGUUGUUGGGGGGUAUAUGCAUGUUUUUGUGGCGAGGGAGACGAUGAGGCCGACUAAGGCGGGGAUGGAGGAGAGGGUGAGGAAGGGAUUGGAGAAGUUGGUUAAGAAGGAUGGGAAGGAAGGGGCAAAAUUGUAGAGGCUCUUUAUUCUUUCUUCCUUCCUUUUUCUUUUUGCAUUUCUUGUGAGAUCUGUUUUAGGGUUUAGAUUUGGGCUGCUCUCUCGUACAGUUGUUUUGGGGAGAUUAUGUGGCUGAUGUGGAAAUACCUUGACCGCCUCUUUCUCUACUAUUGAUAUAUUCGUGAUCCGAUAGGAUGAAGUAACCGAAAUAGAAGAGCCCUAUACAAUUAAU